UGCUUAAAUUACAAUCAUCAAACAACUACUAUAUUGAUUUUUCUUGAAACUUUAAUCUAUAAAAUGAAAUACUUGGCAAUUGUUGGUCUUAUUGGACUCAUUUUUUUCGUCUCAAAUGGAUUAUCACAGGAUCCAGAUUGUCCAGUUUAUAAAUUAAUGAUGGCAAGUGUGGAGAAAUGUAAGGGCCAGCUGAGUGAGGAAAAUGCUAAACUUAUGGAGAAAAAUCCAGGGGUUGAAAAUGAUGAAAUAAAUUGCUUCAGGGGAUGUGUACUGGUUGGCAUGGGUGUUAUGAAAAAUGCUAAAAUUGACAUUGAAAAUUUAAAAGAACUUAUGAAACAAUCUAAAUCGCCAACAACAGCGGAGGCAGUUGUAACAGUAGCACGAGAAUGCAAAAAACAAUCCGAGGUCAGCAACAACGAGUGCGAAGUGGCUGGAUCAUAUACCAAGUGUGUUGUGGCCCUGAAAGACAAAGCAGAAAAAGCUGGAGCCUAAAGGCAAAUAAAUCAUUCAACAAUAAUAUAUAUUUUUUAUCUUUUUUUCAAUGGGAUUUACUGAUUGAGGCAAUAGGUAUUUAGUUUUCCUUGUAAUUAAAUAUAAUAAAAAAACAAUAUUAAAAGCAAAAAAU